ACCUAUCAUGGCGACAGCUAAAGACGACACGAAUAACGUGCCGCCCACCAAGUUCUUCUUGCGCGGUAGGGGUGGCAUCGAAGCCAUCUGGGGCCCUCCGUCCUCUAGCAAGGACGAGGUCAAGGUCGAGCGCGAUGAGGAUUUUGACGCUCCAGGCAGCGCCGAUCUCAUGGAAUUCACAGAAAACGGCAAGCUCGUGGUCCUGGUACGCACCUCUUCGGGUUUCACGGUGCGUGACGCAGAUACAGGCGUUGUCGUGACGGAGGUGGCCAAUGCAGGCAUCCACGCUGUGUCCUGGUCGCCUCUGGGCUCGCACUUGCUCACGUGGCAGCGGCCUCAGAAGGAAUCAGAUCUCGGUAAUCUCAUCGUGUGGGAUGCCGCCACUGGCAAAGAAGUCGCUCGCUUCAACCACAAAGCCUACACUCGUGACAAAUGGCCGCCGCUCCAGUGGUCAUCGGAUGAGACCAUCUGCGCGCGUCAGAGUGCGAACGGCGUGGUGCUGUACCACGGUCGCGACAUUGGCGCAGGCUCGAUUGGCCAGAUCAACCUUCCGAAUGUGGCGAACUUCAGUGUGGCUCCUGGCAGUGCUCCUUACAAGGUGGCGCUGUUUGUUCCGGAGAAGAAAGGCAAGCCUGCGAGUGUCAAGAUCUACCAGUUCCCAAACAGUCUGGACGCUCCAACAGCGACCAAGAGUUUCUACAAGGCGCAGGAUGUGACGUUUAAAUGGUCUCCUACUGGCAGUGCGCUGAUCAUCGAGACGCGUACGGAUAUCGAUACAUCUGGCAAGUCAUACUACGGAGAGACUGGUCUCUUCUUCCUGCAGAGCGACGGCGAAUAUGACUGCAUCGUGCCGCUUACAAAGGCGGGAACUGUACACGACGUGGCCUGGGACCCCACUGGUCGCGGCUUCGUGGUGAUUGCUGGUGCAAUGCCAGCCAAUGCCACUCUGUACGACAACAAAGCGCUGCCCAUCUUUGAGUUCGGGGCGGCGCCUCGUAACCACGUCAGCUGGAGCCCACACGGCCGCUUCCUGUGUCUUGCUGGAUUCGGCAAUCUCCGCGGUGAUAUGGACUUCUGGGAGCGUAACAAGUUGAAGAAAAUGGGCUCAGCCACGUCCAACUCGGCUACGACGUUCUCCUGGUCUCCUGACAGUCGCUACUUCGCUACGGCCACGACGUUCCCGCGUCUGCGCGUGGACAACGGCUUCAAGAUCUUCCGUUACGAUGGCACUGGUCCUAUCCACCAGGAAGAUCGUGGCGAGCUCUACGACCUCAAGUUCCGCCCGGCAGCGCAGGAUACGUACCCGAACCGUCCUCAGUCUCCACGUCGGAAGGGUGACGCUGCAGGUUUCGGCUCUUCGGAGGCCCCGAAGGCUGCGCCGAAGCCUCAAGCCUAUCGUCCGCCGAAUUCGACGGGAGCGCUGGCUGCUAUGAUGCGCAAGGAAGAGGGUGGUUCGCGGAAGCUUGACCGCAACAAGUACGCCGCUCCUCGCUUCGUUGCUUCGUCCGUUCCCGGUGCUGCGCCUCGUCCGAUCCCUGGAAUGGGCGCGGCAGCUGCGCCCAAGAAAUUGAGCAAGAGCGCACGCAAGAAGAAGGCGCAGGAGGCUGCGGAGGCUAGAGCUGCUGUGGACGAGGCUCUGGCUAAGGUUUCUGGCACUGCGUCUACGAAGGAGGAACCGGACAAACCCAGUGCGGUGGAGAUGGCGCCUGAAGAGAAAGCCAAGAAGGUUAAGGGAUUGCUGAAGAAACUCAAGCAGAUUGACGCGAUCAAGGCCAAAAAGGAGGCAGGCGACUCGCUCAACGACGACCAACUGCAGAAGCUCAGCACGGAACAAGCUUUGCGUGACGAAGUGGCCGAACUUUCUGCGUAAAGUUGAGAAUGAUGCACAAGUCGAGCUUAGAGAACGAGGUUGCCACUGUGGGGGAAAUCAAUAGAGAGUAUCGUCCACACUCGCACCCGUCUUCACUAAUGUUGUGUUUCGUAUUAGCUGGAGAGGGAAGCGUACUCUGCCCACGGAGCUGACGGCGUGGGAGGUGG